AUGGCCGCAGUCGAGGUGCACAAACGCAUCGCCCCGACGAUCAAGAACGCCAAGUCGUCGACAAAGUCGCGCCAGCAAGCCGCGCCGAAUGCGCUCAGGGUCAAGACCGCCCGCGGAGCGCUCAUCACCACCUCGCUGCCUUCGCUGCAGAACCUCAUCAAGCGUUCCAGUGACAGUUAUGCCGAGGAGUUUGCCGUACAGUGGGCGCGCUUUGGUAGUUUGGUCAAGAUUGUGCAGUUGGGCUUGGGAGGCGCCAAGGGCGACGAGGACAAGCUCCGAGAAGUGACUGGCUUCGUCUGUCAGGUUGGUCCUUCUCGCAUCUUUCGAAACAGAAUAUGUUUGCGUUCAUCUGGACGAUACUCAUAUACAACUGUCCUUCCGCAGGUCGCUCAUUUGUACCCGACCAUGACGUCCUCGCUCCCGUCAACGCUGUCGAACUUGCUCCUAUCGUCGGCUCCGACCCCUGCGACCUCGAGCGCGGCCGGAUCCAUCAGCCAAGUCGGCAACGGCGUCAGUGGUGGAGGAGUACAGCUCGGCCCCGAGACGCGCAAGACGAUGAUGCAAGGUCUCGUCUUGUUGCGCAGGCGAGAAGUCAUCUCCGGUGUAGAGUCAGUUACCCUCCUGCGAUCUUUCGAUCGACGUCGAAUGCUCACGCCGUGGUCCAUUCGUCUCCGAACAGACUGCUCAAGACCUUGUUUCCUUUGCUUUCAUUGACGACGUCGCCCAAUCUCCGCUCCUUCAUCCUCAAGACGAUUCUCGGUGACAUCAGGAACGCCAAUCUCAAGACCAAGAACCUCAAACUCAACCGCAUGGUCCAAGGCCUCUUGUUCGGCAUGAUCGAAAAGGGGAUCGACGCCGAAGCCGAGCGACUCGGUACCGGCGUCAAGCCUUCGCGUCGAGGCGAUGUCAAGAUCGUAGGCGCGAGGGAGGCCAUGUGGGCCGUCAAGAUCGCGUCUGAUCUGUGGCGCAAGAACGUGUGGCGGGACGCGAGGACGGUCUCGAUCGUCGCUUCGGCGUGCUUCCACCCCGAUACCAAAGUUCAGUCGGCUGCGAUGCAUUUCUUCCUUGCCUUGCCCGAUGGGAGUAAAGAAGGUGGACAGGACUCCUCGGACGAGGAGGAUGAAGGUCCCGAUAUCAAGACGGUCAAGCAUCGACAAGAGAUCAACAAAAAGCGCAAGUCGACCGAGCGACGAGCCAAAAAAGACAUCAAGAACGCCAACGCCAAACGUCGUCAACGCGAAGCCGCUGCGGCCGAAGUGACGGGCAACUUUUCCGCUCUGCAAUUGCUCAACGACCCGCAGACAUUUGGCGAGAAGCUGUACCAGUCUUUGGUCAAGUACGAUCGCUCCUACACGCUCGACCACAAGGUCUUGGUCAUGCAACUGUUUGGUCGCGUCUGCGGCUCGCACAAGUUGACGGUCCUGAGCUUCUACUCUUACAUCGUCAAGUACCUCACCCACCACCAACUUCAAAUCACCGCGAUCCUCGUCGCUUUGGCCGAAUCGGUGCACGAGUUGACCCCGCCGGACGAAUUGACGCCCGUUGUGCGGAAGCUCGCGCACGAGUUCGUCCACUCUGGUGUCGCGGCCGAAGUCAACGCCGCUGGUUUGAAUGCCAUCACCGAAAUUUGCCGACGUCAACCUUGGUGCAUGGAGAAGGACCUCUUGGACGACUUGGUCGAGUACCGCUUGAGCAAGGACAAGGGUAUCAUGGUCGCUGCUCGGGGAUUGCUCGCGUUGUACCGAGAGGUCAACCCCGGCUUGUUGCAGCGUCGCGAUCGAGGCAAGGUCGCAUCGAUGAAGGCUACAGAUGAGAUGCAACCACUUGGGUUUGGUCAAUCGAGGGAAGACGCGACGGGAAUCGAAGGGUUGGAUCUAUUGGCGCAACAUUUGGCUGAGCGCGAGGCCAAGGGUGAGGAAGUGGAUGAGGAGGCCGAGUGGGAUGAUUGGGAACUCGACGAGGACGAUUCGGAUUCUUCGGGCGGCUGGAACGACGUCUCGAGUGAUGAAGAGGAUAUCGACAUUUCGGACUCGGACGACGAUGAGGAAACAAUGAAUGCGAGGAAGAGGAGGAGGAUCGAGAAGAAGGAAGCCAAGGGCAAGAAGGUCGUCGAGGUGGCUGGGUUGGUCGAGGAUGACAAGAUCGCUUUCGAUGAGGAAGAAAAUGACAGUGAAGCCGAAGAUGAGGAGGAUUCGGAUGAUGAGAGUGGCGAGGAAGAGGUUGAGGUUGAGGACGAAGAAGAGGGAAAUGAGCAAGGCACGGCGAUCAAAACGGUCAAAUUCACCGGCGUUGUCGACCCCGAGGACGAGGACGAGAUGUCGCUCACCCGAGCCAACAAGGAACUAGCCGGAACAACCUUUGCCAUGACCAAGAUCCUCACGCCUGCAGACUUUGCCAAGAUCAACGAGUUGCGCACGGCCGCGGCGGAGGAAGAGGCAAAGAACGGUGGUGGUGGUGCAGCACGCCGCAAGCUUGCAGCUUUGGCCGCGGCACGCAAGGCCAAUACGGGCGAGUCCUCGUCGUUCUUGACCGAAGGUGUCAUCAUCGGUGUGCAGAAGAAGGCCAAGGCGUCGUAUGAGGAGCGUCUGGCGCUUAUCGCCGAAGGCCGCGAAGGUCGUGAAAAGUUUGGCUCGCUUAAGCACAAGAAACUCGGCGAGAAGGAGCACUCGACGACGAACGAAGAGAAGCGCAAGAAGAAGGCCUUUGCAAUGGUUGCCAACUCGCGCAACGUCAGGAAAAAGAAUACGUCGUCGCUGCAGCAGAAGAGCAAGAAGCUGCGCAAUCACAUCGAUCGGAUCAAGCGCGGCGGACGAAGGGGCAACAACGGCUAA